GGAUGAGGUCCUUGUGGCAAAACCAAUCCCCACUCCCACCUUAUCCACAGCAACAGAUGUAAGAGAGGUCCAGGAGAGCCUGGUGGACAAGGAGAAGACGGUUGACGUUCUUGACCUGAGCAUUUCUCCAAGGAUCCAAAAGGCCCUCAGAGACAUUGAGGCCAUGGUGACCUCCAGAAUGAAGACUACGGUCAUGCCAAAGCAGCUUGUGGUACUUGGUUCCACCACCAAGCACAUUGUCACUCAGGUACUGUCUCACUUAGACUUCCUCCUGAAAGGCUGGUUGGUCUAUUUGGAGACAGCAGCUAUCGUGGACGACACCCCAGCUCUUCUGUGGUCUAUUCCCUGGGUUCAAGUCAUGGAGGAGGAGCUGUCUAACUUCCAGUGCAUUGAUUCCUAUGAAGUGACCAAGGCUGUCAUCAAUGACCUGGAUCAGGUGCUAGGCUCCAAACCACUGUUGGGAGAACUGGGUAUAGGCUCACAGAGUUUGACCUGGUACAUUGUUCAUCUUGUUGGUCUGUCCAUUGCUAAAAGAGUACCUGACGUUCACGCUGUCAAACAAGAGGAGAGACAUUAGCCAGCAUAUGCUGAACAUCUGUCCUCUACCAGCUAAAUUUCAUCAGCGGAGAAUUAUUAGGUGACUUUGUGGUAAAGUUUAUGCUUCAACUUCACCCAAGAACAGACCUGGCUCCAAGGAGCUCAACCAGCAGGCUCUGCUCUUACUGGCAGUUAAAAUGGCCUCAGUUGCAUUUAACAUCUUGAGGAAGAUACCAGGUGUUUCUGUGGAUGAACAGCUGUGUGCCCCCAUCUGCAAUAUGAGACAGACGGUAUUCCACAUGCAGAGUGCCUUGGUCCAAAGGUUCGGCACAACAAACUUGGUUGCUAAUAAGGAUCCGCUGGUUAUUUCCACCAUACCCCAGGCCAUCUGUGAGGGAAUCUUGAUUGUAUACAAGGGCAUCACUUUAACCCAUCCACUUCAUGUCCCCGGCCCACAGCGUCCAAUAGCCAAGAGCUAUGAAGAGGCUCUGGAGACAAAGCUGUUAGCAGUAACUCUACCCGAGGACCUGAAAAAGACUAUCUACCAUCAUUAUGGGUCCCGGGUCGGGAAACCGCCACUUUUCCAGAAAGCUUUUCCACCUCUGACUAGCCUCGAUAAGUUUGAGUACAUCCAGCGUGUUACUCCGCCUCUCUCCUCCAAAAGUGUCACAGUGUGGAUCCAUCCUAAAUACUUCUUUGGGGACGACGAUGACGAGGAGGAGAUAACACGGUCCCUAACAACCCUCUGGCUCUUAAUGUCAGCCAGGCUGCCUUUUUAGACCAGUUUCCACUAACCGACGUAUUCCAAUCCACCACAACAGACUUCACUGACUGCAAAUCAACCCCUAGGUAUGUGCCAGUCAUGGUCAAAGUGCAAAAAGAGGUUAUGACAGAUAACUCAGAUGAGGCUAGUGGUAACUCGUUUGACCAGGCUCUGAGGGAGGCAGAGAGAAACAAACCAAAGAUUACUAUUGUUCCUCUGUAACGUGUGGCGGUAGUGGAGGAACCAGGCGCAGGCGAAUAUACUCGAUGUAGUUGUAUUUAAUGAAAAAACUAACACCGAGCAUACAAAAAACAAACUCAAAGGGGCUGAAUCUGUAAACAGCAAACCACUCACCAGUUACAUGUAGCAUACUGACAGCAAACAACAACAAUCGACAAAUGUGGGGAGCAGAGGGGAAACAUUUAAACACAUACUAACGAGAUGAUUGGGACCUGGUGUGAGUAGCUGAAGACGUGACACGAAGACAAGUCCGGGAUGUGUUUGUGGAGUGAUGGGAACUGGAGGUGUACGGGACAGUGGCACCGAUCCUCACCGCACCGUGACACUCUGGUACUAGUCAGGAGCAUCUUUAAUGAUGCAUUCUUGACCUGGAAAUAUGUGUCGCAUGACGUCGGUCUUUGCAAUGAUAUGGUUGAUCACAUCCACAUAAAAAUUCAGAAUGAGGCACUUAAGUACAAGGACCAUAGUGUUCAAAUCCACACUGAACAAACUUGAGGAGGAUCCAAAGAUGAUGAAACGCUUUGUUAUGAACUGCAGUCAAUCUUUUGGGAUGAAAUACUUGAAUAUCGUCAGGGAACAUAGAGAAAUGAAAGCCCAGCUGCACCCAGACAAGCUGUCUCUGCUGGUCAGUGACCUCAUGGUUGGGGAGAUUAUGGCUCAUCUGAGGCCUACCUUGACCUUCUCCAAGGACAUUAAGGAGGGGGACAACCGGACGUACUGCAUUAAUGUCCCGGUCAAAAGAGAUACCAGCUUCCCAGAUGAUGCAGACAAGACCACUCUGGAGCUUCGUAUUGAGAAAGCUAGUGCUGACCGAAUGAAGGAACUUCUCAUCCCAUCUGUUGACAAAUCUGUGUUUGAGAGCCGAGAGAUGGUGCAGAGUCUGGCCUUCGGACUCUCUUUCCUGCAGCGGAUGGACAUGAAGCCAGUGGUGGUGAUGGGGCUGUCACGGCCUAGGGUUGAUGACGCACCAGACGGGUCCACUUCAAACUCCAGGGCUGAUAUCGUUCAGCAGUGCCAGAUCCUGACAGAGGUCCUACAGCACCACUCAGCUAGUGUAAUUCCUUUCUUCAGUGCAGAGGCCUUGCUGCUGGUUCAGGACCCCCCCCAAGGCAGCAGUGCAGGGUCCUCCAUUGCGGUGGACAAAGGCCUUCUCCAGUGGAGCCUGGACUGCGGCGCCAUCCCCCUGGUGUGCCCUGUGGGGAGGGAUAGCGCUGGCCGCUCUGUGGCUCUGGACUCUGUUGACGUCACGGCUGCCAUCUCCAAGGUCCUGCAGCCACUCAAAGUCAUGUUCCUGAACAGCCAUGGGGGCCUCUGCAGCGAGAGCCACAAGGCAUUGGACUUAGUGUCUCUACCCGGUGAUCUUCCCGGCCUGUCAGGCGCGCCGUGGCUGAGCUUGGCGGAGCGCCGGCGGGUGGUCACCAUCGCCCAGCUCCUAAACCAGCUGCCCUGCGAGUCCUCUGCAGUCAUCACAUCUGCCAGAACGCUACUUACUGAGCUUUUCAGCCACAAGGGUUCUGGCACCCUGUUCAAGAACGGAGACCCCAUUCACAGAUAUAGCAGUCUGGAUGGGAUCGACCUGGACCGCCUACUGUCCCUGAUCAACACCUCAUUUGGGAAGACCCUGAGGGAGGAUUACAUUGAUUCGCUGAAAGGACGCCUCCACUCCAUCUAUCUGUCUGAAGGGUACAGUGCGGCUGCCAUCAUCACCAGGGAGGCAGUGAGCAGCGCCACGCCCUACCUGGACAAGUUUGUCGUGAGUGGCAGUAAGCAGGGCCAAGGCACCAGUCAGAUCCUGUGGGAGUGUAUCAAGCAGGACCUAGGCAAGCUCUUCUGGAGGUCGCGCGCCACCAACCACAUCAACCCCUGGUACUUUAAGCAUUGCGACGGAAGCUUCGUCAACGGCAGCUGGAUCGUCUUCUGGUUUGGCCUCCCAGAUAUCCGGGAGUCCUACGAGCUUGUGGAGUACGCCAAACGUGUUCCUGACUCCUUCCUUGGUCCAAUAAAAGAGGGAACGCCAGAGCAGCCACCUCCAGGAUCCUGAACUCAACAUUCCCACUUCACGUCUGAAGGGUCGCAGAAGAGCAAGCUAAAAGAAGCAGUUCUACCCAUUGACACACUGCGUGUUGAUUAAUCUGUUGUGGCAUUACUAGACGUUUUUAGGGCGUGGAGCAGUAGGUUGUUAGUUUUUAGUGUCAGGGAACCCUUUGGCUUAGAUUAGCGGUUAGAUUUGAAUCUGGCAGAAUUGUCUUCCCACAUUCAUCCUUCUUUGGCUGAUGAAGGUUUGUUAGGUGGAAAAUAAUCUGUCUCUGGUUUCAUCUUCCUCAUAGCUGAGUUGAUUUUACUACUGCCUUUGAGGUAAAUCCUUACAUGCUGGUAACUUGCACUUUGUGUACUUAGCAAUGUCAGUGGGCGAUAUGACAGUUGCAAGCAGAUUUUAAGUUAUGAUUUCUCCCUCCCCAAUUUUAAGAAUUUCAUAAGAUGUUAUUUUAAUUUAUUCUGAAUUUUAAAGAGUGACUUCCGUUUUUUUUUAUUAGUUAUUUUAUUAGUAUUUUUUUUCUAUUUAACCAUUUCAGAAAACCUUAAAUACUAAGACAUCGAUAUGGUGCUUUUAUCUGACAGUGUUUACAAUUCAAUGGCUGGGAGAUGUUUCAUUGUAAAUUACCAUUUCAUACUGGAUUCAUUUAUUAGCAACUUUGUCUUUAUACUAUACAUCAAAUGUUAGGUUUCUACAUUCAUGGGAAAAACUUGACUCUUAACAAGAAUGGCACUGUGGUAGGACCACAGUGCAAUAUGCAAAAAGAAGCUCCCCUUUCAUGUGGCAGAUCUCUGUUAAAAUGUGAAAAAUUACCUAUCAUGAUGAUUGAAUUAAAAUGGGGCGUUAUGCUUUUAGCAAUUCAGAGAACUCAAGCUGGGUGAUUUCAUAAACACUAACAUUCUGAAAGUUUACAAAAUGCAUAUUUUUUGCAAUAGUUGAGAUGUAUAAACACAAUAACCAUUGUUCAAUUAUAAUUUUUUUGUGAAAUGAAAGUUUACACAUUGACACACAGAUGAGCAGUGUUCUGUCAUAUCUAUGAAUGCCUUAUUCACUGCAACAAACCAACGUAACAUGGAGCAGCUUUUUAGGGAUGUUAUGCUCAUCAGAUCGAUAGUGGGUAUAGGAUGUCAAAUCCCUCUUGCAAAAUGUUCACCUUUUGAUGCUUACAGGCCAAAAUAAAAACACAAAAUCUGA